CACCACGGGUUCCCGCCCAUAGUUCAUGAUCUGGCUGUGGCAGGGUCGGUUGAAGCGGAUGGGGUCAGAGGCGGGCUACACGUUGACAGCUGGAGCAUAAGGAAAUAUCGCAGUCAAGCUGGCAGACGCGUUUAUCUUCAGCGCAAGACAUGUUCGCGAAAGGUAAAGGGACCGCGGUGCCAUCGGACGGGCAAGCUCGGGAAAAGUUGGCAUUAUACGUAUAUGAAUAUUUGCUGCACGUGGGAGCUCAGAAAUCCGCACAGACGUUUUUAUCAGAGAUAAGAUGGGAGAAGAACAUAACCCUUGGUGAACCGCCAGGCUUUCUGCACUCUUGGUGGUGUGUGUUUUGGGACCUGUACUGUGCAGCACCUGAGAGAAGGGACACAUGUGAUCACUCCAGUGAAGCGAAGGCCUUCCAUGACUAUAGCGCCGCUGCAGCACCAAGUCCAGUCCUAGGCAACAUGCCCCCCGGGGACGGGAUGUCAGGUGGCCCCAUGCCCCCCGGAUUCUUUCAGGGACCACCUGGUUCCCAAGCCUCCCCUCAUGCUCAGCUACCUCCAAACUCUAACAUGAUGGGGGCGCAUGGACAGCCUUUUAUGUCUCCUCGCUAUGCUGGAGGACCUCGGCCGCCCAUCAGAAUGGGAAACCCGCCUCCCGGUGGGCAGCCUUUGCCUCCAAAUAUGAUGGACCCCACACGACCAACAGGCCAUCCAAACUUGGCAACCAUGCAGAGAAUGAACGCUCCUCGUGGAAUGGGCCCAAUGGGACCGGGACCACAGCCUGAUCCUUGGUUAUCAUUACAGAACUAUGGUGGAGGAAUGAGGCCUCCAAACUCCAUGGGCCCUGGAAUGCCAGGCGUGAACAUGGGAACAGGAGCAGGCAGACUGUGGCCUAAUCCUAAUAAUGGAAACACGAUCCCAUAUUCCUCAUCAUCCCCAGGAACAUAUGUGGGUCCUCCAGGAGGAGCAGGAGGUGGUGGAUGUCCUCCAGGAACACCUAUCAUGCCAAGUCCAGCAGACUCCACUAACUCGGGUGAAAACCUCUACACACUGAUAAACUCAGUCCCACCAGGAGGAAACAGAUCUAGUUUUCCUAUGGGUCCAGGGUCAGACGGCCCAAUGGGAGGACUGGAGCCGCAUCACAUGAAUGGCUCAUUAGGUUCGGGUGACAUAGAUGGACUCCCAAAGAACUCCCCUAAUAAUCUGAGUGGCAUGAGUAACCCACCAGGAACGCCACGAGAUGACAGCGAACUAAGUGGAAGCUUCCUUCACUCGUUCCAAAAUGAAAAUUACUCACCGACAAUGACAAUGAGUGUGUGAAGGACGAGCUUCAGCUCCAAGACACCUCAUGUAGGUGUCUCAAAGACCAGGGACCAACCUCAACAAGAACAAGAGUGACUCUAAUGUCACACAUCCAUGAGAACCAAAUCCUACCGCAGCUCUGGAUGAGGUGUACGCUCCUAAUUUCAGCACGGACAGAUGAAAUCUGCUUACAGGAAGAACCUGUCUGAGAUGGGAGCUCCCUCAUUUUACACCACUUUAAUAUUUUCGUAUCAUUUUAACAUAGAAGCCCACACAGGAAAAGACGACAAAAAUGUGCUACUUUUUGUUAAAUGGAUCUCCCAUGACAAUAUUCACACUGUGGAUGUAGUGCAGAAUACCAUGUGCUUCUUCUACAGCGUUUGUGUAACAUUCCAUUAGAGUAUUUUAGGAUCUAGUCUCUGAUCUUUUAAAACGCUUCAAAACAAGUUCAUCACACUGUAAUGGCUUCCUUGAAAAUGACUUAAUCCAGAGGAACCGCUUUGGCUACAGCAGAUUUGAUGAUAUGCACCAAUGGGAAUUACAAACAAAUCUGCUGUCCUUCCUUUCAUCGCAUCCUUGGGAAGGCAAUGGACUGUUAGCAAAAAUAACGUUUUGUUUCAUGUCAUGUUGUUUUAUAACAAUGGAUUUUACUGCAGAAGCCUUUUAAUGACACCUAACAUGAGACAUUUAUGACAUUUAUCACUUUUCCAUGGGAACCUCAGAUGAUGUGAUUAUCAAGAGUGUUUUUGGGUGGCAGUUCAGCCAAAUGCAGCAACACUUCUUCAUAUAACACUGCAUCUUUUCACACUGACUUAGUUCUCUUUAUCCUUUGUGCUGUUGUAUUGUGUUUUUGACCCAUUGCUGUUUGCUUUUAGUCACAGUUGAAGACGUGCAGCAAACACCCAAAGGACAGUUAUUUAACUAUAUAUUUUUCGAAGGUUUUUCUCUUCUUUAGUCUGUCAUCAUGCUGUAUGGCAACUCUUGACCUGUUACACCAUGUUGUUUAGCCUUUACAAUGUAUAUUUUGUUCUUUGGAAGAUGCAGUAAAAUGACUCGUGUAAUUUUUAUGAUUAAAUUAUUUUUUGUUUCCUA